UCUUUCCAUCCUCUAAUAACAAGCACAGAAACAGCUCUCACCCUGCAAAGAUGUCUGUCGGAGGCGGUGGGAACAUGUGCUAUGCCAGCUGUCCUGCAUCCACAGUGACAAUACAGCCACCACCCUUUGUCCUAAAUAUCCCAGGACCAGCGCUCUACUGCCCUGACCAAAACUUUGGCAUUGAGCAAUACAACCCAUGCGCAGGCUAUGGCGGUGGAUAUGGAGGCAGCGGAGGAAUGGGGGGCCGUGCUAUUGGUAGCGGAAGCGGCAUGGGCAUAGGUGGUGGUAUGGGUGGAGGAGGAGGUUAUGGAGGCCUUGGUGGUGCAGGUGGUUAUGGGGGUGGAAGUAUGGGAGGCCGUGGGCUUGGUGGUUUAGGUGCAGGUGGCAGUCUGGGCGGUGGAGGAGGUUAUGGGGGCAUUGGUGGUGGUUAUGGGGGUGGAAGUAUGGGGGGCCGUGGUGGGGGUGUUUUAGGUGGGGGUAGCUUGGGUGGUUUAGGUGGGGGUAGCAUGGGUGGUAGUGGUGGCACUGGUGGAUCUGGUGGACGUCGAGGCAGCAUAGGUGGUGGCACCGGGGGUGGACGUAGAGGCAGCAUAGGUGGUGGCAGCGGGGGAGGACGUAGAGGCAGCAUAGGUGGUGGCAGCGGGGGCGGACGUAGAGGCAGCAUAGGUGGUGGCAGUGUGGGUGGACGUAGAGGCAGCAUAGGUGGUGGCAGCACGGGUGGCGGUCUUGGUGGAUCUGGAGGUAGUGUUGGUGGUGGCACUGGUGGAAUUGGAGGCAGUCUGGGUGGUGGAGGAGGAGGACGCCGAAUCAGCGGGGGACGCCGAUACAGUGGCAGUGGUGGCUACAGCAGUGGUGGAUAUGGUGGAAGUGGUGGCUACAGCAGUGGCGGAUAUGGUGGAAGUGGCGGAUACAGCAGUGGCGGAUAUGGUGGAAGUGGUGGAUACGGAAGUGGCGGAUAUGGUGGCAGUGGGGGAUAUGGCAGUGGGGGAUAUGGUGGAAGUGGUGGAUACGGAAGUGGUGGAUAUGGUGGCAGUGGGGGAUAUGGCAGUGGGGGAUAUGGCAGUGGGGGAUAUGGUGGAAGUGGUGGAUACAGCAGUGGCGGAUAUGGUGGCAGUGGCGGAUACGGCAGUGGGGGAUAUGGUGGAAGUUGCGGAUAUGGCAUGGGCGGAUAUGGCAGUGGUGGAUACGGUAGCGGUGGAUAUGGUGGCAGAAGCUAUGGCACCAGAAGAAUUAUAUACUCUGGAGGCCGCAGAAGCGGAUAUGGUGGAGGUGGCUACAGCAGCAGGUCUUAUGGCGGCUCCUAUGGUGGAAGCUUGGCGCUGCUGCCUAGUACCGCAUGCUACACCUGCUACUGAACCCAGAGGAAACAACCCAGAGCUCACAGGACAACUGCAGAAACACAAGAUGAUGAACCCAAAGCUUGAACUUGCAGGAGUGGACUUGGGGAAACCCUUCGCCUUCUGUCGCCUGCUGAUGCAAGCUCCUUGAACUGAAUGAUCAGCGAAUCCACACUUGAACUCUGUGUGCAUUUUUGUUUCCACAAUUGCACACAAGAAGAAAUAACUCGCAGUAAUAUCCUUUCCAGGCUAUGUUGCUUUCUACAAACUUCACGACUAUGACUUGAAACGUGUGGGGGAGAGCAUAUAAGCCCACCCCUUUUCUCCGCUCUGAUGAUGAACAACCCACAACCGUGCACUUGCAUGUCCUGUUUGAAGAGAUUCUUAAAUGCCUUGAACUGUGCCCACUGAAGCAUUGUGACACCUCUGUUUCCACAACCAAUGAAGCAAUAGUGCAGAUUGAAAAAAUCAAUUGCAUUCUAAUUUAUCACCCUUUUCCCUGCCAAAAAAAAAAAUGCUGCUGUUUCUUCAUUCCCUUUGUCAUUAAAGCUU